AUGAACUUCUCGAAUUUAAAAUUAGCUGAAAGCAAAAUUUUCAAUGGCCAAAAUUAUACUAGCAAUUACUAUGAAAUUGAGAUUGCAAAUCCUGAAACAGAUUGCUAUAAUACUAAUUAUGAUGAUAACAUUUCUAUUGAAAGCUUUAAAAAUACUUUUGCUAGCUUAGAUAGGUUUUUUGGUAGAAGUAGCGAUAAUAUGUUUACAAUUGAAAAUAUAAACUUUUUUACUGAAAGUCUGAAACAAUAUA